AUGGACAGCGGGAUGGACAGAGAGGGGCUGAGAGCCUGGAGAGCUCCUAGGGGCUACAGCAGUCACAGGAAGUCACCAAGUGAAUUGAAGGGCGGUAGCUGCGGAGGUUCAGGAGAGGCAACCAGGUAUAUGGAUGAGGGAGUAGGCCUGGCUGUCACCACUGGUGUUCACAAAAGGCCCCCGUUUAAGUCCCUUAAAUUCCAGAUGAGGGGUUAUAGGUCGAGUCAGGGUGAUGCUCUAACAGAAGCAGAACCAAAAAUAUACGGCAGGCUGGAGGUUAUGAGGACUUGGUUUACGAUAUGCACAGUACAGAAGCGGGGAAGUCAGGGUGCUCUGGGCAAGGAAACAUCUUUGUGUGACCCACAAAGAAUGAAGAGGAGGGAAGAACCACAGGUUAUUCAGAUCCUGUGCGCAGGUGACCCCCCUGGUCCAACUCAUGACCCUUCAGUAACAACUGUUGCCACAGCGGAAAGUGGCGUAACCCAGAUCAGCAGUAAAGCAACAUCCUUUUACAAACUGAAUGGAACUGGAACACCUCAGGUGCCAACAAAUACCAGUGAGGGUGGCGAAGACUCUGGAGCCAAUGAUAGUUUAAGAACACCUGAACAAGGAUAUAAUGGGACUGAUGGAGCAUCUCAAAAAACUCCCAGUGCUACUGGGCCCAGUCCUGUGUUUGACAUUAAAGCUGUUUCCAUCAGUCCAACCAAUGUGAUCUUAACCUGGAAAAGUAACGACUCAGCUGCUUCCGAGUACAAGUGUGUGGUAAAGAAUGAGAUGGAAAAUGAGACAACAGUUACCGUUGUGUAUCGACCGUGGUGUAACAUCACAGGCUUACGUCCUGGAACUUCAUAUGUGUUCUCCAUCACUCCAGGAGCAGGCAAUGAGACUUGGGGAGAUCCCAGAGUCAUAGAUGUCGUCACAGAGCCGAUUCCAGUUUCUGGUCUCCGUGUUGCCCUCACUGGUGUGAGGCAGGCUACUCUCUCCUGGAGCAAUGGCGAUGGCACUGCCUCCUGCCGGGUGCUUCUUGAAGGCAUUGGAAGCCAUGAGGAGUCGACUCAAGACUUUGCAGUCAAUAUCUCAGGCCUGAAGCCAGGGGUUCAAUACAGCAUCAACCCAUAUCUUCUACAAUCAAAUAAGACAGAGGGAGACCCCCUGGGUACAGAAGGGGGCUUGGAUGCCAGCAACACAGAGAGAAGCCGGGCAGGCAGCCCCACCACCCCUGUGCACAACGAGUCCCUCCUGGGACCUGCGGACUCAUCCUCCAGCCAGCAGUCCCGAGACACGGAAGUCCUGCUUGUCGAGUUAAAGCCUGGCACCCGAUACAAUGCCACCGUUUAUUCCCAGGCAGCGAAUGGCACAGAAGGACAGCCCCAGACCAUAGAGUUCAGGACAAAUGCUAUUCAGGUUUUUGACGUCACCAUUGUGAAUAUCAGUGCCACAAGCCUGACCCUGACCUGGAAAGUCAGUGAUAAUGAGUCGUCAUCUAACUAUACCUACAAGAUACAUGUGGCGGGGGAGACAGAUUCUUUCAAUCUCACCGUCAGCGAGGCUCGCGCUGUCAUCUCGGGACUCCGCUCAAGCACCUUCUACCGCAUCACAGUGUGUCCUUUCCUAGGUGACACUGAGGGCACACCGGCCUUCCUCCAAGUGUACACCCCCCCUGGUCCAGUUUCUGACUUCCGAGUGACAGUGGUCAGCACGACGGAGAUCGGCUUAGCAUGGAGUAGCCAUGAUGCAGAAUCCUUUCAGAUUCAUAUCAUAUGCAUAUCCUGUGUGCAGGAGGUUGCUUGGGGAGAAAUAACCACCAACCAAAGUAUUAUCAUUGGUAACUUGUUCCCUGGAACCAAGUAUUGCUUUGAAAUAGUUCCAGAAGGACCAAAUGGGACUGAAGGGGCGUCUCGGACAGUUUGCAAUAGAACUGCUCCCAGUGCAGUGUUUGACAUCCACGUGGUCUACGUCACCACCACGGAGAUGCGGCUGGAGUGGAAGAGCCCAGGCAAUGCUUCCGAGUAUGUCUACCAUUUAGUCAUAGAGUCUAAGCAUGGCUCUAACCACACAAACACAUCUGACAACGUGGUCACUCUCCAGGGCCUGAUCCCGGGCACCUUAUAUAACAUUACCAUCUCUCCGGAAGUGGACCACAUCCCGGGAGACCCCAGCUCCACUACACAGUACACACGGCCCAGCAAUGUGUCCAACAUUGAUGUAAGUACCAGCACCACAGCAGCAACUUUAAGUUGGCAGAACUUUGAUGACGCCUCUCCCACGUACUCCUACUGCCUUCUUAUUGAGAAGGUUGGAAAUUCCAGCAACGCAACACAAGUGGUCACGGGCAUUGGAAUUACUAACGCUACUGUCACUGAAUUAAUACCUGGCUCGUCAUACACAGUGGAGAUCUUCACACAAGUAGGGGACAGAAUCAAGUCACUGGAACCUGGCUGGAAGUCAUUCUGUACAGAUCCCGCGUCCGUGGCCUCCUUCGACUGUGAAGUGGUCCCCAAAGAGCCAGCCCUGGUUCUCAAAUGGGCCUGCCCUCCUGGUGCCAAUGCAGGCUUCGAGCUGGAGGUCAGCAGUGGAGCCUGGGACAAUGCAACCCGCCUGGAGAGCUGCUUCUCUGAGAAUGGCACUGAGUAUAGAACGGAAGUCACGUAUUUGAAUUUUUCUACCUCGUACAACAUCAGCAUCACCACCGUGUCCUGUGGAAAGAUGGCAGCCCCCACGCAGAGCACCUGCACCACUGGCAUCACAGAUCCCCCUCCUCCAGAUGGAUCCCCUAAUAUUACAUCUGUCAGUCACAAUUCAGUCAAGGUCAAGUUCAGUGGAUUUGAAGCCAGCCACGGACCCAUCAAAGCCUAUGCUGUCAUUCUCACCACUGGCGAAGCUGGUCACCCUUCUGCAGAUGUCCUGAAAUACACGUAUGAGGAUUUCAAAAAGGGAGCCUCAGAUACUUACGUGACAUACCUGAUCAGAACAGAAGAAAAGGGACGUUCUCAGAGCUUGUCUGAAGUUUUGAAAUAUGAAAUUGAUGUUGGGAAUGAGUCAACCACGCUUGGCUAUUACAAUGGGAAGCUGGAACCUCUGGGCUCCUACCGGGCUUGUGUGGCUGGCUUCACCAACAUUACCUUCCACCCUCAAAACCACGGGCUCAUCGAUGGGGCUGAGAGCUAUGUGUCCUUCAGUCGCUACUCAGAUGCCGUUUCCUUGCCCCAGGAUCCAGGUAGGGAGAAGACAACAGUCGUGGCACCGGGUCAGUGGCAUUUUGCUCCACGUGUCCAUAGAAGGCCGGCUGUGUGCAUGCCUCCCUCAGACCUUCAGGAGGAUUGGAAAGAUGCAAAGAAUAAUGAAGUGUCCUUUUCUCAAAUUAAACCUAAAAAAUCUAAGUUAAUCCGAGUGGAGAAUUUUGAGGCCUACUUCAAGAAGCAGCAAGCCGACUCCAACUGUGGGUUCGCAGAGGAAUAUGAAGAUCUGAAGCUUGUUGGAAUUAGUCAACCUAAAUAUGCAGCAGAACUGGCUGAGAAUAGAGGAAAGAAUCGCUAUAAUAAUGUUCUGCCCUAUGAUAUUUCCCGUGUCAAACUUUCGGUCCAGACCCAUUCAACGGACGACUACAUCAAUGCCAACUACAUGCCUGGCUACCACUCCAAGAAAGAUUUUAUUGCCACACAAGGACCUUUACCGAACACUUUGAAAGAUUUUUGGCGUAUGGUUUGGGAGAAAAAUGUAUAUGCCAUCAUUAUGUUGACCAAAUGUGUUGAACAGGGAAGAACCAAAUGUGAGGAGUAUUGGCCCUCCAAGCAGGCUCAGGACUAUGGAGACAUAACUGUGGCAAUGACAUCAGAAAUUGUUCUUCCGGAAUGGACCAUCAGAGAUUUCACAGUGAAAAAUAUCCAGACAAGUGAGAGUCACCCUCUGAGACAGUUCCAUUUCACCUCCUGGCCAGACCACGGUGUUCCCGACACCACUGACCUGCUCAUCAACUUCCGGUACCUCGUUCGUGACUACAUGAAGCAGAGUCCUCCCGAAUCGCCGAUUCUGGUGCAUUGCAGUGCUGGGGUCGGAAGGACGGGCACUUUCAUUGCCAUUGAUCGUCUCAUCUACCAGAUAGAGAAUGAAAACACCGUGGAUGUGUAUGGGAUUGUAUAUGACCUUCGAAUGCAUAGGCCUUUAAUGGUGCAGACAGAGGACCAGUAUGUUUUCCUCAAUCAGUGUGUUUUGGAUAUUGUCAGAUCCCAGAAAGACUCCAAAGUAGAUCUCAUCUACCAGAACACAACUGCAAUGACAAUCUAUGAAAACCUGGCGCCCGUGACCACGUUCGGAAAGACCAAUGGUUACAUCGCCUAAUCCAAAGGAGAAACCUUUCUGGAGUGAACCAGACCGUCGCACCCACAGCGAAGGCACAGGCCCCGAUGUCGACAUGUUUUUAUAUGUCUAAUAUCUUCAUUCUUUGUUCUGUUUUGUGAGAACUAAUUUUGAGGGCAUGAAGCUGCGUGUGACAGAUGACAAAUUGGGGCUGUCGGGGGCUGUGGAUGGGUGGGGAGCAAAUCACCUGCAUUCCUGAUGACCAAUGGGAUGAGGUCACUUUUCUUUUUUUUUUUUUCCCCCUUGAGGAUUGUGGAAAACCAGGAAAAGGGAGCUAUGAUUUUUUUUCCAAAACAAUUUCUUUUUUAAAAAAGACUAUUUUAUAUGGUUCACAUGCUAAAGCCAGGAUUGUGUUGGGUUGAAUAUAUUUUAAGUAUCAGAGGUCUAUUUUUACCUACUGUAUCUUGGAAUCUAGCCGAUGGAAAAUACCUAAUUGUGGAUGAUGGUUGCGCAGGGAGGGGUACGUGGCGCCUCUUCCGAAUGGGUUUUCUAUUUGAACAUGUGCCUUUUCUGAAUUAUGCUUCCACAGGCAAAACUCAGUAGAGAUCUAUAUUUUUGUACUGAAUCUCAUAAUUGGAAUAUACGGAAUAUUUAAACAGUAGUUUAGCAUCAGAGGUUUGCCUCCUCCGUAACAUUUCUGUUCUCAUUUGAUCAGGGGAGGCCUCUUUGCCCUGACCCCACGUCCCCUGCCCCCUGUACAUUUGUGCUCCAUUUUUUCUUCCUUUUUCCCUCCCAGUUUUCUCCAAAGACUCUUCUGUUGGCAACAUUUUCAGCCCAUUGGUUGGGUGAGAAUGGCGACUCAAAUAUCACCUUGAGAAUUUCUGUGGGUGGGAAUGGGAGAAGCAGAGGAAUCCUACAGUGACAGAAAUCCUUUUCCUGUCCCUGUAUUAUCCUUUUUCUCAUGUCUGUAUUUGGUAUGAAGGAUUAUUUAAAG